UAUAAUACGCUUCCGCCCCGAAGCUGAGCGAUUGCGCCGCGUGUCACCUCGAGUCGAAGUUCAUCGGAGAAGGACUGCGACGCCGCCGUCCACGGCAGAGUGAAGGGGAGAGAACCGACGACGAGAUGGGCCGCGUUCGGACGAAGACGGUGAAGAAGUCAUCGCGCCAGGUAAUCGAGCGGUACUACUCGCGGAUGACCCUCGACUUCCACACCAACAAGAAGAUCAUGGAGGAGGUCGCCAUUAUCCCCUCGAAGCGUCUCCGCAACAAGAUCGUUGGGUUCUCUACCCACCUCAUGCGCCGGAUCCAGCGGGGUCCUGUCCGCGGCAUCUCCCUUAAGCUGCAGGAGGAGGAGCGCGAGCGCCGCAUGGACUUCGUUCCCGACGAGUCCGCCAUAAAGGUCGACCAAAUCGUGGUCGACAAGGAGACAAUUGAUAUGCUUGCUUCACUCGGCAUGGCUGAACUCCCCGGAGUUGAGAAGCAGCCUGAUGCGCCUGCCGCCCAGGCAUACCCGACCCGCAGUGGAUAUGGAGGCCGUAGGAACUAGGAUGGUAGCGUGUUUUAUGUGUUGGAUUAAUUGCUGACCGAGGUGUUCGCUUCGAUCAACAUUGAUAUUCCACAUUACUCCUUAACUAUAGAUUUUGUUCGAAUGUCUGUGUAUUUCCUUUUAUAUUCUGCAGUACUUCUUUUCUCUAGAUUAUAUUCGACGGAAUGAUCUUGUCUAUGGUAUCUUUUGUUGGUUGUUUAAUCGAUAUCAGAUGUCAAAUCA